CUCCUUCUUGUGUCGUUCCCUCCACGCCGCCGCGCCUGACUCCACACCAGCAUCAGCCCUCUCGCCGCGUCCCCCUCUUCUCCACCAGGCGGCCGCCGUCCAGGCCUCAGCUUGUCAGCGCGGAAGUACCACAGGUCCACAGCCGCGUCUCCUUGGAGAUCGCUGACACUCAGCCAAAAGCAACCCAGAAGAGGACAAAGAGAGCACAGCACACUUAAAAAGUAAAACAGGCUCCUAGGGUUUGGACUAGCUGUUCCAAUUUGGUGAAGAGAUGGCUCGAUUUAAAAAUAGAAAAAGGAAUUUUUCAGUGAAGCCCACCAACAAGAAGCAGAAGACUGUUGAUCAUAUUACCGGAGACAAGAUUCCCAAGAGCUUUGUAUUUUCUAGAGGGAAGCUACCUGCUUCUCUUAGGCAAUUGCAAAUGGACUUGAGAAAAUUGAUGCUUCCCCAUACUGCCCUCAAACUUAGGGAAAAGAGGCGUAAUAAUCUCAAAGAUUUCUUGAAUGUUGCAGGGCCAAUGGGUGUCACACAUUUCCUCAUGUUGUCAAAAACCAGUACUUGUCCCCAAUUACGUGUUGCUCGGACCCCUCAAGGCCCAACACUUUCUUUUAAAAUACUUGAGUAUUCCUUGGUGGCUGAUAUAGCCAAAUCUCAAUUGCGUCCAAGGUGUCCUCCAGAUCUUUUCAAAAACUCCCCAUUGAUUGUGCUGUCUGGUUUUGGGACUGGGGAGCAACAUAUGAAGCUCACAACUAUUAUGUUUCAGAAUAUUUUCCCUGUCAUUGAUAUAAACACUGUGAAGCUUUCUUCUUGCCAAAGGAUUGUGCUGCUUAACUAUGACAAGGAGAAAAAACUUAUUGACUUCAGGCAUUACUCAAUCAGAUUGCAGCCUGUUGGGGUUUCACGCAGGAUAAGGAAAUUUGUGCAAACCCAUCAAGUGCCUAAUCUAAGCAAUCUCCGCGAUAUGAGCGACUUCAUUGCUAAGGCUGGCUAUGGAUCGGAAAGUGAGGCAGAUGAUGAGGCAGCUAUGGUGAAUUUACCAACUGAUAUUGGUAGAAUAAAUAAAGCCUCCACAAAAAGUGCUGUCAGACUUCAAGAAAUUGGACCUAGGAUGACCCUCCAACUAGUCAAGAUUGAAGAGGGUUUAUGUUCUGGGGGAGUCAUCUUCCAAGAAUAUGGAAAUAAUGGCGGUGCUGCGAAGCAAGACGGAGUUGAAACUGAAAACAAACAAGAAAGUGAAGGGGAUGAGGAUGAGGAAGAAGUUGAAGAGGAAGAACAAGAAAUUGAAGAAUGAUAAUUAAGUUGUUCACAAAUUGAGUAUUGGCAAUGUCUUCAAAAUGUUUUGUGUUGUUUCUUAAAGAUGUGUUUAAUUGGUUAAACCACCAGGAGGAUGAAAAUUCAGAUUCCCUUGCUCAAGGAUUGGAGUUACAGAAAUCUGUUGGUACAACAUAUUUUUUCUUCUUAUUUUCAGUCAUUAGGAUUUGCUCACAGUGCAAAUGAACAUCAUUUUUUUUUUGUAUACAAAAACAAGUGCAUUUUCUUUAUAAAAAAAUCUUUAAUGAGAUCAAGAAUAUGCUUUGCCCAAUCAAAAUGAAUGCAUAAGCUGUAU